GCUGGGAAAUAACGUGCGUGUCACGACGUUUACGUCAUAAGAGCGCGACGGUUUUGAACGUAAAGUAACUACUAGGCGCCUUCUACAGGCUGAGCCGAAGUCUGCGGGUGAAACGUUGAACAAAACCAAGCAGCAUGGGUGGAAAAAAUAAGCAAAGGACGAAAGGAAAUGUCCGGCCGUCCAGCAGUGGCCGAGCUGCAGAACUCUUGGCUAGGGAAAAUGGAGUGGUUCCUGGAUUUGUCGGAUUCGGGAUUUCGACCUCAAAUGAGCCGGGAUAUGUGCCUGCGGUCUACGGUGCUGAGGAAAUCGACAACCUGGUGGAUGCUGAUUUCCGGCUGGUUUUAAGGAAAUUGUCCAAGAGGGACGUGGUGACGAAAUUAAAGGCUGUACAAGAAUUCGGAGCCAUGUGUCAAGAGCGGGAUUCUGACAUAGUCAAAGGAGUUCUUCCAUAUUGGCCACGGAUAUACUGCAAAAUAUCGAUGGAUUAUGACAGACGAGUUCGAGAAGCCACACAGCAGGCAUUCGAACAGCUGAUUCUGAAAGUCAAGCGCAACCUCGCCCCAUACCUGAAGGGAAUAAUGGGCCAUUGGCUUAUAGCUCAGUGUGACCCCUAUUCCCCUGCUGCCUCUGCCGCCAAUGUCGCCUUUCAGGCUGCCUUCCCCCUCAACAAACAGCCAGAGGCACUCGGCUUCUGCAAAGAUGAAGUGCUGAACGUGCUCCAGGACAAUUUGCUCAAGGAAACAGCUGACACACUCAGUGACCCACAGAGCGUACCAGAGGAGGAGCGACACGCGAAAUACGUGCGCGUUCUGACCAGCUCUCUGCUGGCGCUCAAGAAACUGCUCAUGUCCUUAUCCACGUCUGAUCUGGAGGCUCUCAGCGAGCAACUUGCACAUAUAGUCUCGCAGGGCAAAUUCUGGAAGUACAGCAAACACAAGACCCCGCAGGUCAGAGGGGCGUUCUUUAAGGUGGUAGCCGCUCUGUGCGAACACGUCCCUCAGCUUGUUCGGGCCGAAGCAGCUCGAGCUUGUUCUACCGUACUCCUCAGUAUCGAUGACUCGGACCCUGUUGUUUUGGCACCGCUGUGGGAAGCCGUUCUGCACAUUAUCACCAGCAUACAGGACUGUUGGACUCAUGUAAAUGCUCGGAAGGGUGUGCUGCCCAAGCUUUGGCCUCUUCUGAAGGAAGGUGGGAGAGGCCUAGCCACCUCCCUCCACCCUAACAUGCUUCCAUUUAUCAGCAAACUGCCACGAGAGGUCACAGAGCCCAAACUCGACUUUUGUAGCAUGUUUCUCUCUUCCAUCAUACAAGGUCUUUCUAGUGAGCGUGCAUUAGUCAGCCCCUCAGAGUGUUCAGCUAUCGUCUUUGCUACCAUGGAGUGCCUCCGUUUCCUUCUGCUACAGAAUGCAGGAGAGGAGCCAGAGCACCUCGACAUUCAGAACAUGCUCAUCUCAGAGCAGCUCUUGCCGUUGAUAGACAAAGCUCUUGGAAGCCGUGCAUUGCAAAGCGGGCCUCUGUUCCCUCAGAUCACGGAGAUGUUAGUGUCAUGGGAGAAGCGAGCAGUCGAGAACGAGGCCACCACGUUCCUCAGACUCCUGGCGGAUUUCUGGGAGGGUUUACGCAGCCUUUGUGUGUGCUAUGUAGACCUCGAGGAGCAGCAGGUAGAGCAGGUGGUGCUGCAGGGCAUUGCCUCACUGUUGCAGAUCAUGCAGAAUCCAGCCAGCUCCUGCACCAAACAAGGGAAGAGAAAGAAAGCUGUAAAGGUCUGUUUUGCUGAGGUGGAGGAGGUGAAAGGGCAAGUGGAGAAAAACCCGAGCCAGACUCCAGAGGUGGAGAACUUAGAGGGGCAGGAGAAGCAGCAUUCUCCCCUGAGGAGCAGCCACUUGUUGGAGCUGGUGUGCCAGCUGACUGAGCUGAACAUGGUGUAUGUGAGUGAGCGUAACUCUGAGAGGCACUUGCACUUCCUGGCUCUGUUGCUGCAGGCAUUCCCAAGGGCCGAGGUGUUCCAAGGUCUGCUAAAACCAGACGACGGGAAGACCGAAGUGAAACUGGAGGCCGAGUUCUCUGACAAUCCAGCCAUCCGUUUCCUUAUGCAAAGAGUGAUGGUGUGGCUCAGGCAGGACGACAGGAAAGACACAGACUUCUUGGUGGACAUGGUGUUUAGUUCUUUGCAGUGCUGCAGCUCGAACACAGAGCAGACUCUUGUGCUCAACCACAUUACUGUGGACCUAAAAUGGAGUGUUAUUCUACAGAUUAUCCAAAAGGCAUGUGCCGACCCUGGUUAUUUGGAGUUGUGUGCCAAGUGGUUAAGAGGGUCUGCACUAGGUGAGCGUAUAGUAAGCCUGGCUGGAGAGCUGUGUGCUAUGGGGCUGAAAGGUUCUCCCACUGCCUCAUCUGCCUUAGACCAACAUAACCACAGCUGGCACCUUAUUAGUCUGGCUCUAUCUCAGCAGCACGAUGAAGAGUCUCUGAUAGGAAAGGUGUACGUCGAACAGAUCAUCGAGCACCUUCAUGCCACUCUUUCCGAGGCUAAGGGCAUGUCCGAUGCAGGCAAUAUGGAACCUCUGGUCUCCUUCAUAUCCGACGUAGCCUUCAACUUCUUCUCAUCAGUAAAAGGUUGUCUCCUGCUCGCCGCUGCCGAGGAGCUGCUGCUCACUAUCUUCCAGCUGUGUGCUCAGAAUCAGAUGCUUACACAUCUCUCAGACACUUUGCGGGAGAAGCUGAAACAUGCCUACACUGUUGGAGUGCACUCUUUGGUCACACACUUGGGUGCAGGCAUAACAAAGGGCACCAUCCUCCACAAUGCUGCAGUCUGGAUUAAAAACCAACUUCUCACCUCACCCCUCAAUGUGAAGAGUCUGCAGGUUCUGGUGCAAGCGGUGCAGAGCUUAACUGACACUCUAGCCAUUGCCCAGACGAGCGGCUGUCUGCUGGAUCAGUUCCUCAGCUGUCUUACUCCAACAAAUGAGGAGUGGGCCAAGCUCAGAGAAGCCCUCCCUCCUCAGUGGGUGAAGCGCCCCUUGCUGUGCGGGCAUUUUAGAGCAAAUUGUGUGUGUCCUGGCAUGGAGUUGUGGAAGGUGAGAGGAUUAGACACAAUCCCUGCACACUUGUGUGCCAGUGCUAUGCUGGGCAAGCUUAUUUUCAGUGCAGUACCGGAUGACGAGCAGCAGGAGGCGACAGAUACCAUCAAACUCUCCAAUCUUGAAAACACGGUUGCCGAAAUUCUCUACACUCUGCAGUGGUGUGAAGAGAUGGAGCAUUGCCCUGCCUUGGUGUCUGAAUAUCACAAAAUGCUUCAAGAGUGGGACGUAGUGGGGAAAGUGCACACAACAAGCUGUGAUAAAGUUGCCAUUCUGGAAACGCUGUUCACAAGGUCACGAGAAGAGGGUGCCCUCUGGUCACUGACAUUGGCAAGCUAUAUUCAGAAUAACAAUGCAGUCACCAGACACAUCACGAGUCUCUAUGAUAAUGUGGAACGUUUCUACCCUCUUUCAGAGCAGAACGUGAGCACUAUAAAGGUACUGUGUUCGUAUAUGAGUACUACAGAGAGAGAAGCCCUUAUCGCUCUGUCCAUUGCUGAAUUACUCAACUGGCAGGAGAAAGAACAAGAUUGUGCUGAAAGUGCUCUGGCAUGUCUAGUGGUGCUGGAUUGUUGUUUGCAGGCUGCGACUCCUGUUGAAGAUGAGAUACUUUUGGCGGUUAUGGCCACCAUGCUCGAGUGGCGUAACAGCAAAGAGGAGUGGUUUCUUUUUAACAGUGACCUGGGGAAAGUGUCUGCUGCACAGCUGGCCAUGCCUGUGGAGAUGAUGUGUUUUCUGUCUUGGCUGGUGAAACAUUCUCCCACAGUCCUUGGCAGCACUCACUGUGACUUCCUACUCUGCUCCAUGCUAGCCUGGCUGGAGACCGCCAGUGAGAGCAGCAGGGCUUUCUGGAACCCAUGUGUGCAACAGUUUGUGCAGGCUAACUGUGAGCUGAUUGUCACAUUGAAUGAGUUUUUCACAGCACCACCUGCUGGAGUAAUGGAGCAGCUGCCUCCUGAUCUUAGCUCCGAAUGGCAGGAGUUCUUCAUGGAGGGAAUCCACAAUCUGCUGCUACCCCUGCUGAUCAAAAUUCCUGUGGAGUUUCCGGAGCCGGACGAUCCGACGUUCCCGGCAGCUGUGGUGGAGGCGGUGGGUGAAGCUCUCAGGCAUAUUCCUGUCCAGCUGCUCACACACAACACACUCCCAGCUCGAUUUGUGGCCGACCAGAGGAGUAGCCUGCCUGAUGCCCUGCAGACACUUCUGAACACACUCACACCGCUGCUCCUAUUCAAGAGCCGACCACUGCAGCUGGCUGUCUACCACAUGCUGCACAAGGUAAUGCCUUCGCUACCGGAAAGUGACAGCGAAAGUGCCAGCACCAAAACCGAAGAUGAAGACGAGGAAGAGCCAUCCUUGUCUCCUCCGGCUGCAAUUAUGUGCAUUCUCACAGCCACAGAAGAUCUGGUGGAGAAUAUUUUGGGCAGCGUACAAGUGGGCGAGUUUGCCGUCGUGCAGCCUCUGAGCAUGGAGCACUGUUGCAUCUUGGGAUAUCUGUUGACUUGGAAACUCCUCCUCGUUUUCUUUAAGGCGGCACCAUCCCAGCUGCGUGUUCAGUACUGCCUGCAUUUAAAGAAGACCCGUUCACUGCAUAAGCUGCUCCUGCACCUGUUUCGUCUCAUGCCGGAGAACCCAACGUUGCCCGGGCAGCUCACGGAAACAGCCAGCAGAGAGCCCAAGAGCUUUUUCACAGAGAGCCUGUCUCUCUCCCUGCAUCAGAACGACUUGCAGUCCGAGGUUCCGCACUUGGCCUGCUCCGUGUACUACAGUGCUCUGAAGGAUCUGCCUGCAAUGGUGCGCCUGUGGUGGAACAGUCAGGAGAAGCGCGUGGUUAGCACCGUGGAUAAAUUCACCAGCAAGUAUGUGAGCAGUGUGCUGUCGGCACAAGAGAUCACCUCAGUGCAGUCCAGCACGCAGACCUUCGACAGCAUGACGGUCAAAGCUCGCUCUGCCACACGAGAGGUGAUCGCGACCUACUCGGUGGAUGAUAUUUUUAUCGAGUUAGUGAUCCAGCUGCCUCAGAACUACCCUCUGGGAUCCAUUAUUGUAGAGAGCGGCCGCAGGGUCGGCGUCGCGGUGCAACAGUGGCGCAACUGGAUGCUGCAGCUCAGCACCUACCUUACACACCAGAACGGCAGUAUUAUGGAAGGCCUGUCUCUGUGGAAGAACAAUGUGGAUAAGCGUUUCGAAGGAGUAGAGGACUGCAUGAUCUGUUUCUCAGUCAUCCACGGAUCCAACUAUUCACUUCCCAAGAAAGCAUGUCGCACCUGCAAGAAGAAGUUUCACUCUGCGUGUUUGUAUAAAUGGUUCACAUCAAGCAACAAGUCUACAUGCCCGCUGUGUAGGGAGACCUUUUUCUAAAAGGGAGACAAGAAAAUCUACUCAACCCCCUCACAAGACAUUUGUACAUAAACCUGUAUACGAGUUUUUGGCCCAUAAGCUCCCAAUGAUCAUACCGGUAGUGAUUUUUAGCCUCCUCAAUGAGAAGAAUGAACAAGAUUCAAUGAAAGCCACUCAAUCAAGAACAUAGGGAUUUGACCCUACAUACAAUCUUUAUUUUUCAAAUCCACCAAUUGAAUUGGACUGUAUCGGACCGGACGUCCUCGAAUGCCUUGUUGUGUCCCGUUCAUUUUGUUUUGCAGGACAUUGUUCCUCAGUCAAGAUUCCCAGUUAACACUGUAUACUCUCAUCACAUGGAGCUGAUAAAGGAUUGCUCAGACAACAUCGUUUUUAAAAAUAAGCUUUAAUUAAAUCUCAUUUAAUUUUAAAUACAUAUAGGCACUAUUUUGUGUUAUAAAAAGAAUAAUUGACCAUUGAAUCUGAAAUUCAGAAUAUUAUGUGCUGCUGUGCUCAGGACCAUGUUAAUCAUUUGUGUAGAACCAUUUCAUUUGCUGAUUUCUUGUUAAAUUAUGUUUCUGUAGUCAUUUGCAUUGACUCUUACUAUGAAUGUAGUAGUGACUCCUAAUACAAUCGGAGACUCCUAUCAUGCCAGACAUUUGCAAUGCUCUUAUUUUUUUCCAAAGGUACAAUAAAUUGAUUGUUAAUCAUAUUACUGA